AUGAAGCGGAAUCGCAUUCAGUUUGAGGGUAAUGAUGAUGCAUCAUCUGCUUCUCCGCAAGGUGACUUCACCCCGGAGUAUCAUUCGCGGCAAGCACAUGUCCCGAAGAUCUCUCGGAGGAUCCGUGCAUGUACAGAAUGUAAGCGGCACAAGGUUCGCUGCGAUAUGAAGACCGGCGAGGAAGAUUGCUCCAGAUGUCGCCGCAUGGGACUGGACUGCGUUGUUAAUAAGAGCUUGCAGACAUUGCUGGAGGACGAGGCGGAAUGGAAGAAUGUAAUUGAGCUGGCCAUGACAGACUUGCUUAGAAAAGCCCAACUCCCAGAAUUAUCCUACUACCAAGCCGGAGGUAGAUCGAUCGAGACGCCCUCGAAGAAAAAUCGCCGGAAAGAGUCGAUCGCAUCGGUGGAUGAAGCUGGGCAUGCGUUGGGAUAUCAUGGCAGGAAUGGUUCAAUUGAAAAUAUCGCCGGUCCAAGCACAGGGUCAAGCGCUUCAAACUAUGCCUUCGCACAGCACCAGCCGCAGUACUCCAUGGACCGCGAAGAGACCUCUGCCACUUCAUUAGUGACCGCCCCGAUGGGUAGUCUAUAUGAAGUGACACAAUUGAGCGAGAAUCGCGAGGGCUCACCCGGACAAAAUUAUGCGCCCGACCAAGCGUUGGUGACCGACUUCAUCUCCCGCGGCGUUAUGGAUCUCCAGGAAGCAGAGAAAUUGUUUGAACACUUUGACCUUGUGCUCAACCGUUAUCUUUGGGAUGGGGCUUUAUUAGCACACAGAGACUUGACAAGUGCCAGAAAGUCUUCGUCCAUGCUGUCUGCGGCUAUCCUGGCCGUGACAGCGCUUCAUUUGCCUACCAAAGAACGUACAUUUGACACGUGCUACACCGAGUUUGCGAAACUAGCUUCGGAGUCGAUGCUUGGACAUCAUCACACCUUGGAUGAUAUUCGCGCUCUAUGUAUUGGGGCAUUUUGGCUUGCAGACGUUAGCUGGAAACUAUCUGGUUACGCAGUGCGGAUUGCUACAGAGCGCAACUUGCAUCAGUUUUAUCGGAAGGCAAUCCAGGGAUCUCCAGAGCAUAAAGAACAGGCUCGCUUAUGGUAUCUCUUAUAUAAGCUAACAGAUUCCAAGACGCUCGAGCAUCAUUUUUCCAUCGCAUAUGGUCGACCACCAAUCAUCCACGAGGACGCCAGCAUCACCCAGCACAAUGUUUUUGCACAAUCUCCAUCAACAUCACAAGGAGACCUUCGACUGCAUAGCCAAGUUGACUUGUUUAUCAUUCUUACUCGUAUCUAUUUUUCAUUUGGGCCCGACGUCGAUCUCGAAGUACCCGAAAGCGAAUUCCCCAAGAUCGACCAGUUUGAUCUAGACUUGAUCGAUUGGAAGGGAGCAUGGCUAAAUCGUCUAACCGGGAGUCGAUAUGUUGGCAGAUACCCUUACAAAGCUGUCGACAUGCAUUACAAUUUCUCUCGGCUGCAGCUAAACUCGGUUGCUUUACGCACAUAUCACUCUUCAACAUCUUCAAAAGCCAUGUCACCGGAGCGCAGAAAGCGCGCCAAUAUUGCGAUCGAGUCGGCUAUUGCCACCCUCAAGGUCGUCUUGGAUGAGCCAGACAUCCAGCUGGCCUUGGUUGGCGUUCCACUGUAUCUACACAGCAUGAUCACCUUUGCAGCUGUGUUUCUGUUGAAGAUCGCGGCCAAGGCAUGUUCCAACGGCCCCAAUCCUGCAGGACUGCGCCAAAAAAACUCAAUUUCCUCGGCCGGAUUGCACGUCGAUAUCGGCGAGGUACGAGCCAUAGUUGGACGUAUCGUUGAACUGAUGGUCUCCUGCAGCGAAAGGGCUAGCGAACGCCAUCUGAGCCAUCACAUUGCGCGUGGGUUACGAAAGAUGCUCACUGGACUGGAAGAGUGGGAGAAGCGCAAUGGUGGUCAGAAGUCGAUGGGACCUGCUAUGCAAGAAGCAUCAUCGCUUUUCAAGCCGGUGAUUAUCCCAGGGGCUCAAAUAUGGGGUGAGCGCGAUACUAUACUGAACCACCCCCCGCCGUUACUGGGAGUGGCGCCCUUGUCUGCCGAGCGAAGCAACGGAUUCGAGCCGGUAAUGGGCAAACCUGAGUCUGGGUUGUCUGAAGGAUCAAUAGACCCAAUGAUGGCAGAUCUUUGGGGAUUCGACGAAGACUACUUCCCCACCGGAGUCUUUGAUUUUCUUCAGAGCCAGAUGCCGGCAUAG